AUGUUCCCAUUGAAUGUGAAGGAAAGUGCCCGUGUCUGUGUCGUCGUCGAUACAAAAGUAGACCAGUGUGUGGUUCUGAUGGGAAAACCUACGCAAAUAAGUGCUUGGCUGAAAAGGCGGGUGUUGGCAUUCAAUGUCAUCAGAAGUGUCCUUGUCCAUGUAAUUGCACUGUGGAUUACAUACCAGUAUGUGGAGUUGACAAAAGAACCUACAACAACGCGUGUGCCGCCGAUUGUGCACAAAGUGAACCUCGUUCCGAAAUUGGCUUGGAAAUCAUUAGACUUCUAUAUGGGGUUUGAUAACAAGACUGGCAGGAUAUUUGUAUGUUUGGAAAUGAGAAAUGUUGACAUCAAAUGUGAAGGAAAGUGCCCGUGUCCGUGUUAUUGUCCAGAAAUAAUUGCACCAGUGUGUGGUUCUGAUGGGAACACCUACGACAACGAGUGCUUAGCCAAAUGCGCGGGUGUUGGCAUUCAAUGUCAUCAGAAGUGUCCUUGUCCAUGUAAUUGCACUGUGGAUUACAUACCAGUAUGUGGAGUUGACAAAAGAACCUACAACAACGCGUGUGCCGCCGAUUGUGCAAAUGUUGACAUCAAAUGUGAAGGAAAGUGCCCGUGUCCGUGUUAUUGUCCAGAAAUAAUUGCACCAGUGUGUGGUUCUGAUGGGAACACCUACGACAACGAGUGCUUAGCCAAAUGCGCGGGUGUUGGCAUUCAAUGUCAUCAGAAGUGUCCUUGUCCAUGUAAUUGCACUGUGGAUUACAUACCAGUAUGUGGAGUUGACAAAAGAACCUACAACAACGCGUGUGCCGCCGAUUGUGCAAAUGUUGACAUCAAAUGUGAAGGAAAGUGCCCGUGUCCGUGUUAUUGUCCAGAAAUAAUUGCACCAGUGUGUGGUUCUGAUGGGAACACCUACGACAACGAGUGCUUAGCCAAAUGCGCGUCAUGUGAUGCCUUCGUGAACCUGUUUCGAACGCUUUGUACACUCAAUAGUAGUCAUCAUGUUGCUUUCGAGUGUCAUUCGGGGGUGUUGGCAUUCAAUGUCAUCAGAAGUGUCCUUGUCCAUGUAAUUGCACUGUGGAUUACAUACCAGUAUGUGGAGUUGACAAAAGAACCUACAACAACGCGUGUGCCGCCGAUUGUGCACGAAGUGAACCUCGUUCCGAAAUUGGCUUGGAAAUCAUUAGACUUCUAUAUGGGGUUUGAUAACAAGACCGGCAGGAUAUUUGUAUGUUUGGAAAUGAGAAAUGUUGACAUCAAAUGUGAAGGAAAGUGCCCGUGUCCGUGUUAUUGUCCAGAAAUAAUUGCACCAGUGUGUGGUUCUGAUGGGAACACCUACGACAACGAGUGCUUAGCCAAAUGCGCAAAUGUUGACAUCAAAUGUGAAGGAAAGUGCCCGUGUCCGUGUUAUUGUCCAGAAAUAAUUGCACCAGUGUGUGGUUCUGAUGGGAACACCUACGACAACGAGUGCUUAGCCAAAUGCGC